AGCCUGCUGCUGCUGCUGGCUAGUCGACAUCCUGCUGCAGAAGUGAACGGAUCGCGUAACUCGUCGUUGCGUUUACCUUUUUUCCGCUGGCCUUCUCGAGCUCUACUAGCCCCGCAGGGAGGAGCAUUGGAUCUAACGGCCAUCUUACGGUUCCUGUGACAACCCAAUUCGACAGCCCUGCAACCCUCGAUGACGCCAGUGUUAAUUACACCCCCGGUGGGGGGUAGGCAGCGCCACCUGCUGCUGCCGCUGCUACUCGCGUGCCUAGUAGCUUCCGUUUCGUGUGCGGCGUGGCGUCCCUGCGCAGACCUGGAUGCGUUGCUGAAAAUACCGUGCCGGUGUAACAUUGAAACGGCGGGAAACAACAGCCAGUACGUGUUUGUGAACGUGAACUGCGAUCGUACCACGCUAACGGCGCCCUUCCCGGCGGGCAUUCCGAUCAUUUCGUUUUCCCAGCGCAAUAAUGGGCACCAGUUGCUGCCGGAUUUGGCCAUUCUCAAUGCGCCCGUCCGGAAGCUCGAUUUCUCCAGCAACGCGAUCCGCUCGUUCGGCACCAAGGCACUGUUUGCCAGCGUGGCCGAGCAUCUGACCGAGCUGCGGCUCGCCAGCAACCUGCUCGGUGACAAUCUGAACCCGAUCUUCUCCACCGAUGUCCUACAGUCGCUAACCGGGCUCAAGGUGCUCGAUCUAUCCGGAAACCAGAUCAUUGCGCUCGAGGAAAGCAUUUUCGAUGGCAAUCGGCGGCUCACGGAGUUGUACCUUGAUCGGAACAAGAUCACCACGGUACCGGUGGCCGCUAUCAAGCAGCUGACCACGCUGAAGUUACUCUCGUUGCGCAGCAAUCGGAUCGAUUCGCUCGAACCGGAUGCGUUCAGUUUCGCGAACAAACUGGAACGGUUCGAUCUGCGCAACAAUCGGAUUCGCAGCCUAAAAUCGAAAGCAUUCGCCAAUCUGGCUAGCAUGAAGGAGGUGUUGCUGGCGGGCAAUCAGCUAAGCCACGUGGAUGAGCGUGCCCUCGCCGGGAUGGAUGCACUCCAGAAGCUCGACAUUUCCGACAAUCUGCUGACGGAGUUCCCUUCGGAGGCGCUCGGUUCGGUCGUAUCGCUGAAGGUGCUCAACAUCUCGCUCAACAACAUUGGCCGACUCGAUUCGAACCAGCUGGCCCAGCUACGGAACCUGCAGAUCCUGGAUAUGAGCCGGAACACGAUCGCCACCAUUCUGCCGGGCACGUUCCGGGAGCAGCUGUUGCUGAAGUACCUCGACCUCAGCCUAAACUCGCUACGGACGAUCGAAGAUGAUGCGUUCGAGGGACUGGACAACCUACAAACGCUCAUCCUGCGUGAUAACAAUAUCCUCUUCAUUCCGGGCAGUGCCCUGGGCCGUCUGCCGAAGCUGUCGAACCUGUACCUCGACUUUAACCGUGUGGCCGCUCUGUCCGCUAGCAUCCUCAAGUCGAUUCAACCGGAAAACAUCCGCUACCUGUCGCUAUCGCGCAACGUGAUCCGUGAACUGCCCGGUGACAGUUUCGCCGCCUUCCGGAAGCUCAUCUACCUGGACCUCUCCGGCAACAGCUUGGGCGUCAUCAGUGAGGACACGUUCAAGGGACUCGAGGGGACGCUGCUCGAGAUCAAGCUCUCGUUCAAUCGGAUCGCUUCGCUGCGCAAGAUCGGUCUACCGAAGUUGCGCCGGCUCGAUCUGAGCGCCAACAGUAUCGACGAUCUGGCGAUCGAUUCGUUCCACAGUUUGGCCAAUCUGCUCUACCUGAACGUGAGCGGUAACGAGCACAUCGGACAAGUCACGCGCACCAUGAUCUAUCCGCUGACGAAGCUGCAGGUGAUCGACAUCAGCCACUGUGGCCUCAAGGGCAUCCAGGCCGAUCUGUUCCACAACAAUUCCGAUCUGCGGAUCGUGCUGCUGAACGACAAUCAGCUCCGGGUGAUCGAGGAGGGCACGUUCUUGAAUCUGAACAACCUCUUCGAGCUAUCGCUUGCCGGUAAUGGGAUCGAGCAGCUGAAACCACGAUCGUUCGUUAACACGGUCAACCUGCGUACGCUAAAUCUGCGCCGCAACGCGCUACAGGAGCUACGGGCCGACAUGUUCACCACGGAGACGGCACUCGAGCUGCUCGAUGUGACCGACAAUGCGCUCAAGAGCUUCUCGCCCGACACACUGAAGAUCCAUCCACGGUUACGCCGAGUGCUGCUAGCAAACAACCGGCUUGAGGUGUUCCCACCCGAGCUGAUCGCCGGCCUUGACUAUCUCGAGGUGAUUGAUCUGUCCGGUAACCAUCUGGCUACGAUCCAGCAGCUCGACUUUGGUCGCCUGGUGAACCUACGGGAGCUGUACCUGCGCGAAAACGUGAUCGAUUCCGUGCAGGAUAUGGCUUUCCACAACUCGUCCCAGCUGCAGAUCGUCGAUCUGAGCGGUAACCGGCUCGAUCGGUUAUCGGAACGUUCGUUCGAAGGUACGCUCCGGUUGGAGCGGCUCGAUCUCAGCGAUAACCGGCUGUCCUCGCUGCCGGAUCAGGUGCUGGCGCGUAGCCGUGUGCAGCGGCUCGAACAGAUCCUGCUCGCCGGCAACAAACUGUCCACGGUACCGGUCGGUGCGUUCGGUGAUCAGCACGAUUCCCUGCAGACGCUCGAUCUGAGCCGGAAUGCGAUCCGGGAGGUACCGCGCGCCAGCCACAUGCUCAUGAUCAACGCAAAGCAGCUCGAUUUCUCCUACAAUCCCCUCUCACCGGAAGCGAUCGCGACGGUACUGGGGCAACCGAAAACGGUGCGCAACCUCAAUCUGGCCGGUACGGGCGUGCGGGAGUUACCGAUCCUCGAGACGCCCUACCUCCGUGCGCUCAAUCUUUCGCACAACAACAUUUCCGCCGUCAGUGGUAAGGCGUUCGAGAAGGUGACGCUACUGGAGCGCCUUGAUCUAUCGCACAAUGCGAUCGGUGAUGCGGAUGGGUUGCGUGAGAUUUGGCCAAAGUUGGGACUGCUGGCGUACCUUGAUCUAUCGAGCAAUCCGAUCCGUGCGAUCACGGCGCACACGUUCGAACGGCUCGAAGGUUUGUCCGAGCUGUACCUACGCCAGUUGCCCGAGCUGACACGCCUCGAGAAGAAUGCUUUCAAACCGCUCAAGGAUUUGGCCGUCCUAGAGGCGUACCAGUUCGCGAAGCUAGGCUAUCUGGAUGUGCAAGGAAUCGUGCAGGAGCUGCCCACGUUGGCAGCGAUCGAUAUCGAAGCGAAAGAUGCCAACCUGGAGUCGGACCAGCUGCAGGUGAUCCAUCAUCCGAAACUGCACACGCUCGGUUUGCACGGUUAUGCACUGCAGAGUAUAUCGUCCGGGGCGUUUGCGGGAUUGCGCAACAAGUAUCUAACGGUGCGGUUGCACAACACAUCCCUUACGGCACUGCCACCGGCACUGUUACUUCCGUUGCCACGUUCGUCUCAAAUCGAUUUCAGUAUCGCCGGUUCGAAGGUCGGUACGCUAACGCAACCGUUCCUCAGUUCGCUCGAUGAUCGCAAGAACAGCAUCAAGAUCGAGGGACUGGCCACGAAUCCGGUCAACUGUGACUGUCAGGCACGUGCCUUCCGGCGCUGGAUACUGGCGGCGAAGGUUAGCGAUGUACGGUGCGCCAGUCCGGCAUCGCUCAGUGGCAAGCUGCUGACGGAGGUCGGCGAUAUCGAGCUGGUGUGCGAUAAUCGGCAGAAAGGGGGCGCCUCCUCAACCAGUGCCGGUACCACGACGGCCGCAACGACGACCGGACUUCGGACGACACCGACGAUCAGCUUCUACAACUACACCUCCGAAGUGCAGAUGACCAAAUCGACAACCGAACACGACAUCAUCUGGAGCAUGUCACCCGCGUCUACCACAACCGGUCGAACGAAGGGUUCCAAGUCGAAGAUCGCAUCGGCCGCGGUACCGCCGCUCAAGAAAAUACCUGGCGCAAACGAUGAUACACUCAUCAUCGGUAUCGUUGGCGGUGUCGUGGUCUUUAUCUUCCUACUCAUCAUUUGCAUCUGCAUCUGUCGGUUGAAGAUGAACAACGAUAGCUAUCACCAUCAUCAGCAGCACCGUGGUGGGCCACCGAUGGCCAUGGGCAUUGGACCGGGCGGUCAUCCGGCCGGUACACUGCAGGUGAACUACAAGGGUGGCAAGGGUGGUCAGGGUGGUGCUGCUUCGGCGGCAGCGCUCUAUCCGACGCUUGCCCCACCGUACGCCCAAAGCUACGCCACGUUGCCUUACAAACCGAACGGAUCGCCAACACAACCACGGCCCAACUACUCCACCAUCGGUCGGAUACCGUACCAAUAUCAGAACCAUUCGCUCAUGAGCCACCACCAGCAGUCAUCCGGUCCCGCCGGAACGCUAACCCACUCGUCACACAAUCCGUACAUCGUCUAUCAGGACGAUAAGGCAUACCGAUGAUGAUGAGGAUCAUGCGAAAGCGACCGAUUGAAUGUCCGUGUUUCGUGUCGAACGAGCAUGUCUGUGUGUAUGUACGUGCGGGUGUGUAUGUGUGUAUGUGCGUGUGUGGUUUUAAUUAAUGCUAUCAUUAUUGUUCAUUGUUGUUUUGCCCUCGCGCUACCUCUAUCUACCAUGCGAGAGGAACCAGGCGGACGAUACGACGAGAGAUAUCCUAACGUUGAAAGUCUUACUAUUUUGGAACUGUAUCGGUGACUUUCCGUAGGAAUUAGACUUUGAAAAUUGCAUUCUUGCCCCGUGUCCCUCUAAAAGUUGGGGAUACAAUUGAAAUUUCUUUAAUUAAAACAAAAACCGACAUUUAUAUCACGUGUCACCCCUUUAAUGUUUAGACCUGCCUAACUAGCUCUUCUGAUCCCGUAUCCUACCUGUAACAAAAUGCUCAAAUUAGUUCUAAAAGAAUGCGAAUGGAACUAGCGUAAAGAUGGUGUAGUAAGGUGUAGGAAUUUCAGCCUUUCUGCCACCUUCCGCUGCUGGGAUGGUGCUACUGUCUGUAACGAGAUCGAGUCCGGUGGGUUUGGCCCGAUCGAUUGUCGGCCACAUUUCGCUCAAGCCGGAGCGGAACCGGAAGAAAUCUGGUUUAGGGGGGGAUUAGAAACGCCACAACAGAAGAAGUAACUGUAAAAGUAGUGUAAGUGAACGAAAUGGAAUAAAUAUUAAUGUUAAU